AUGAUCGUGACACGUAACAUGUAUGCUGCGUCUAUCUUUCGUGUAGCUCGUCAUGCUGCUCGUGCAUCCGUUACUCCCGCUCUACACGUCCGAACAAUAGUUUCCUCGCGAGUGCACGCCAGUCACCCACACCGCCGCGGACUCGUUCUCGAUGAAGAGGAAGAGGCGACGAAGGACGAAACUCCGAAGAAGACCCCACGAAAUAAGGAUAUUCCCUACCAGACCGUGCGCAUCGUCGACCCAGAGACGAAGAAGCCCUCGGACCCAAUGCCUCUCUCGCAAGUCCUAGACAUGCUCAAAGAAACGGUAGACGGUCGAGAAGUAGAAGUCCGCUACGCCGAAGUCGUGCGCCCACCGUCCGACGACCUCGGCGGCUACGCUCUCGUCCGCCUGUUCGACCGCGCCGCGAUGUACGAGCUCAGUAAAGCACGCAAGCACAAAGCGCUCGAGUCGCGACGGAAGAACGACCAGAAGGAGAUCCAGUUGACGUGGACGGCUGCAUCGGGCGACGUGCAGCACAAAUUGCGCAAAGUCCGGCAGGAAAUUGAGCGCGGGCGACGGGUGUCUUUCGUUGUCACGGAGAAGGACGGUCAUACGCCUGUACCGCCUACCAGGCGAAGAGUCAUGCUGGACGAAUGGAUGGUCUCGUUAGAGGAUAUCGCCCGCGAAUGGGCGCCACGCUCAGAGGCAAAGCAUAUGAUCAUUGUAUUCUUACAGCACAAAGACCGUCCGUUACCGAGCGGUGCAGCGAGUCCCAAACGUGCAAAAUAG